AAACCGCUGAAUUUGCAGCCCACUGGCUUCCCGCUGAUGGGAUGAAAAAGCUGCAAUAUCAACAGAUAAAGAAAUGUGUUUUACUUUUUUAUAGUCUUUUACAUGGCAUUGUCUCUCUAGCCUACUAAAUGCGAACGUGUGUAGGAUAUGCUUGGAUGAAUGAAGCAGAAUGUUAUUAGAAGCACACGGUGAGACUGGCAAGCUAGCUAGCGUUAGCUACUCCGCUAUCCAUUAGUUUUUUAUCGGAGCUGUUAGCACAUAUGCCCGCUACGAACUGGAUUGUUAUUCGCCUCAACUCCAGAUAUUCUUUCCUUCGUUCUGCUUUCUUUGGAUCACCACCCAUUUUCUCCGGUCUGAAAUAUGGGUAUUAAGACCUUUACCCACAAUUCCCCCAAUCACAGUCAGGAGUUGCUGGACAAGUUGAACGUCCUGCGAAGCGAGGGUCACUUCUGUGAUGUCACCAUCCGCGUCCAGGGCCAGCUCUUCCUGGCUCACAAAGUGGUGCUGGCCUGCUGCAGCGACUUCCUGCGGGCCAAGCUGACCGGGAAGGCCGGCGGCGACGACGACCGGCGGGGGGGGGAGGAGGAGAGGCCCGUCCUCGACCUCCACCACGUGACCGUGGCGGGCUUCGCGCCCCUCCUGGAGUACGCCUACACCUCCACGCUGUCCAUCAGCACCGAGAACAUCAUCGACGUGCUCGCCGCCGCCAGCUACAUGCAGAUGUUCGCCGUGGCCAACACCUGCUCGGAGUUCAUGAAGUCCAGCAUCCUGUGGAACCCCUCGGCGGCGGGAGCCAGCGGUGGGGCCUCGGGGCCGGGCCAGGACCGGGACCGGCCCGGGCCCCAGGAGGCCCCCGAGGGCCAGACGGGCUGCCUGCUGGCGCCGCUGGACGCGCUGUCGCCCUCGCCCGUCUCCUCCGAGUGCAGCAUGAUGGAGCGGAACAUUCCGGUGUGCCGCGAGUCGCGCCGCAAGCGCAAGGGCUUCGCCAGCCCCCAGGCGGCGUCCUCCUCCUCGCCACAGGUGCCCAACCCGUCGCCCUCGUCCUCCUCCUUCCCCGAGAGCUCGGCCCCGGCCGUGGACCCCACGCUGGCGUUCACCUGGACGUACCCGUUCGGCAUCGACCGGCGCUUCGCGGCGGAGAAGGCCAAGCUGGCGGAGGGGCUCCUCGAGUCGUCGUCGUCCGGCGGCGGGCCCGACCCAAACGCCCGGGCGCUGGUGGAGUACCUGGCCUGCGAGGGGGCGCGCAGCCUGGUCAUGGGCACGGGCACGGACAGCACCGGCGGCGGCGAGGAAGAGGAGGAGGAGGGCGUGCGGGUGAAGGUGGAGCGGCUGAGCGACGAGGAGGCGCACGAGGAGGCCUCGCACCACCCGGUCAGCGCCUCCCACAGCUCCCUCAGCGACCAGCAAACCGUCCCGGGGAGCGAGCACAAUCAGGAGGACCUCCUCAUCAGCCCGCAGUCAUCUUCGAUAGGCUCCAUAGACGAGGGAGUCACAGAGGGCCUGCAGUCCAUUCAGGGGACGCCCAACACCACCGCUCACAUGGAAGAGGACGAGAGGCUGGAGAACGUCCAGUACCCGUACCAUCUCUACAUCAGCCCGUCGAACCGGCCCGGCAUCAAGGGACCAGCGCGGCCCUUCCAGUGCCCCACAUGCGGGGUCCGCUUCACUCGCAUCCAGAACCUCAAACAGCACAUGCUCAUCCACUCUGGCAUUAAACCCUUCCAGUGUGACCGCUGCGGGAAAAAGUUCACGCGGGCCUACUCCCUAAAGAUGCACCGGCUGAAGCACGAAGGUAAACGCUGUUUCCGGUGCCAGAUCUGUAGCGCCACUUUCACUUCCUUCGGUGAAUAUAAGCACCACAUGAGGGUCUCCCGCCACAUCAUCCGCAAGCCUCGGAUUUACGAGUGCAAAACAUGCGGCGCCAUGUUUACCAACUCCGGCAAUUUAAUCGUACACCUGAGGAGUCUCAACCAUGAGGCGUCAGAGCUAGCAAACUACUUCCAGACCAGUGAGUUCCUCCUCCCCGAGUACCUGAGCCAGAUGCAGGAGGAGUCGCUGGGCCACUUUGAGAUGACGGACCAGGCGUUUGAAGGCGGCGGCGGCGGCAAUGGUGGCGGCGGCGGCGGCAGCUCCUCCUCUUCCUCUGUCCAGAUGCCCGUCAUAUCUCAGGUGUCCUCCACCCAGAACUGCGACCUCCAUCCCUCCAUGGCUCCGCCCGAGGCCCCGGCGCCGCGCGGGGGUCAGGGUCGCGGGGCGGCCGCCGGGGGGGAGGUGGUGGUGCUGUCAGACGAGCCAAAGACCAGCGUGGCCAUCCACUCUCCGGAGGCCCUGGAGGAAGAGGAGGAGGAGGAGGAGGAGGGGGGGGACGGAGAGCGGGAGGAGCGCACAAAGAAAAAAGCACUUGUGUCCAUUACCAUUGAAUAAGAUGUGAUGUUCCCGUAUUCACCUGUGUAGACACACCUUAAGAGCCCGCUUUUGAGUCACAAUACUAGAGUGCAUACUGGAUCGUGAUCGUGUUGGUGCCUGGCAGUCAUAGACCAUUUUUGUUUGUUUGUUUGUUUGUUUGUUUGUUUUUAUAAUGACUUUUUUUUUGCAGUGAUUAACGUGGCUUGGUGUAAUCGUCAUUUGUAUUGUGAUUGCAUAGGAAAUUACAGAUUAUUAACACAUUUUACAUAGGAUCCCUUUUGAAUUGCAGUACAUAUUCCAAGUGCACACUGGAUUGUGAUUCUCUUUGGAGCUGGCCACCUUAAGGAUAUAUUUCCAUGCAUCAAAAGCUCUAGUCUUUGUUGCUCUGUGACAGAAUAGAUGGUGAACAUGCCCUGAAAUAUCCUUCCCCUUGCAAUUGUUGUCAACAUUUGACUUUUAGCUGACUGUCUUGUGAAAUUGUUUUUACUUUUUUGUGCGGAUUGAGACACAAUGAUUAUUGUGAGAACAUUUUGAGAUUUGUAUGUUUUUUUGUUUGUGCGUUUGUCAGAUCUUUCUUUUUCCAGUCUGGAUGUGUUAAAGCGCCUUACCCAGUCCUGUACAGAAAAAAACUGUACUGUGAAUCCAUUAUGUGAUGGAUACAGAUUGGCUUAUGUCCUUGUGUUCCUUUGAGGGCUUUGCCUUGGUAGAUAAUGUAGCAUGGCCAACAUAAGGGACUGUACCACUGAGCAAGGGCCAUGACUUGUCCCUACCCUUCCCCAACCCCUUUCCUUAAUUACAGGACUCUUUCCAAUAACGUUUCAGUAGGUUUCGUUUUUGGAACGUGUCAACUAUAGACAAUCUCCAUGUGGUUGAUUGAGUCAAACAAUCAUGCAGACUUUGUGGUGUUCACAAAGAAAAUUGUCGUGUAGAUGCGUAUUGGAUUUCUGUGUCGAAUACACAAGAGCUGUGACACCGUUUGCACAGUUUUAAGCCUUUGUGGAAACCAUUAAAUUAAUGCAUUUUUGCAGAGUGUAACUGUAUGUGAUUUCAUGCGAAACUGAGGUAGUGGAAGUGCAGGCCUUCAGGUCCUGGUUAGCUGUCACUAGUGUCUUAUUUUUGAAGUGGAAAAACUAUAAUCUCAUCCUGCUGUCCAGCUGAGAAGCAUUGCAUGACUGACUUUGUGAUACCUGCUUCUUUUGACGCACACACUGAAGCAGUUAUAACAGUGGAAUCACUCCCAACUGUACGCUAAUCCAAAAGUGAGAAUCCCAAUUUUUUUUUUUUUUUUUUGACCGAAUCAAAAAAAUAGAUGAUAAAAAAAGCUGUAAUUUGGCAGUAGUCACGGCUAACCUCGACCAAGAGGGGUUUGUAUUUGUCCUGGGUCUGCUGCUGCUAUUGCUCUGUGUAUCUCCAUCAGACCUACAGUAGAUGCAGUUCCACGCUUGGAUUGUUAAGGACGGUGCCCACCGGACACGUUCGCGGUGCGACGCGACAAGAUUAAAAAAAAAUAAAAAUAAAUAACUCUAUUGUUUUUAAAGGAGCAAAUCCUACUAGAAAUGUCUGCCGCAGAGGGUUUAAAAAAACUGUUCUGAAAUCCUGUGCGUCAAGCCCUCACUGCUGAACACCGUGUCCAGUGGGCGUCGCUCUUUAAGGUGUGUGGCCGUGGUCAGUCUUGAAUGUUACAUGUGGAAAGAUGCAGCAGAAGUGAAGUAUAUAACCAUAUUUCCAAUUUGCAAGAUUCUCAAAGACUAUCUGAAAAAAAUGUGCCAUUCUUUUAUUUGUGCCUAUUAUUAGCUACCAUUAAGUCCUGUUUACUCACUUAGGAAUGCAAGGAUGCAAUGUUUUUGGUGAUGUGAGAGAGCUUUUAUAUAUGUCAAAUCCUUUAGCAUUUACUUGACUUCUUUAGAUAUUUAAUAUACAUAUCUUUGUGUCUACCAUUUGCACAGGGCAAUCAUUGUUAAAUGCUGCUUAGUUAUAAUGUGAUAUUUUUUAAUGUGAUGUUUUCCAAUAUUUCAAGAAAAAAAACGAUUUCUCCCUUAUUGUGCAAUACAGUUGUAAUACAGUGUACAUGUUUUGGAACAUCAUGUAAAAAAAAUAAGAAUGUAUUGUUGGUUGUUCGAAAUAAUGAGCAAUAUGAAAGCAAAAGUUGUGAAUAUUGGAGGUGGUUGGCACUUCCUUUGUUAAACAGUUACUUGUGGUUGGAGGAGGAGGCUGUUAUAAUGGACUAAAAUGUGACAUUUCGGUUAGUUUUCGUUUUGCGCUUUUGUGUCUGCACUUUCAACAGAAGCUACAGGUGCAGAGGGUCUCCUGCAGUGCAAGGGGGGGUCGGGGAGCCCUUCCUCUGAUGUCAGCUGUUUUAAUAUCCGUCACUGUACUGUACCGUACCGCAUCCUGUAUGGUACACUAAGCUCUAUGCCUGAGAACUUUGCCUGUGAGAUAGUAUGAACGCCCUAUUUUUAUUAGUAGUAAUGUGAAUUGCGUGGUCGGUGCAGUUACGUCUGUCAUUUUUAGCUUCUGGUGACGCACUCUCUCUAUAAGGUUUCAAAUAUUGCAAAUAUCGCUGUCCCAGACCUCACUGUGGUACUGGCAUGUUUUCCCACACAAACAUAUUAAAAAUACCGGGAAAGAAUACAGAAAAAAAUCAAUAUAGCAUGGUUUACUUUCUUGGCUGUUUUGUCAGAUAUGUACAACUACGUUUUUGUAUACAGUAGUGCAUCUCUGUAAAAUGCUUAAAAGCAAGAGGAAAUGGUAUUCAGAUGUCAUGACACAUUUUGGUCUGUUUUUUGUAUUCGUCAUCUUUCAAGUAUAGAACUUUGUAUAUUUCUAUUAUCAAUGUGAGUUUCAAUAGUCGAUGGAUUUGAGCCUUACAUCAUACUAUUCGCUUUGUGACAAUGUCUUUAAAGUGUUCCUGUAUAGUUUUAUUUUCUAAAACCUGUUUUUAUUUGUAACUUGUGCCUUUGGAUAUUGAAUCGGUAGUGCAUUUUAAUAGUCAUGAACAUCCAUUGCUAUGAUUCAUAUCACAACUACAAAUGCUGGUAGUGCUCUGAUGUAGCUUGUAACCUAAAGUAUUUUUGAAGUGCUAAACUAUAUUUUGUUUGUGUGCAUUUUUAUUUUAAUAUCUACAAAUGUGGUGACUGUUUUUUGUAACUUUCCAAUGGUUUUCAUCUUGAGUUACUGUGCCAGUGUGUUAAACUGAACAAUGUUUUGUAUAGACAAUGUUUUGAUUGAAAGUAAAGUGAUGAAUAAUCUUA